GUAUAUAUAUAUAUGUAUAUAUAUAUAUAUAUAUAUAUAUAUAUAUAUAUAUAUAUAUAUGUGUGUGUGGAGAAGGAGCUUAUCAUCUGAUUCUCUUAAGACAUCUGAUAGGGAAAGAGAGAGCACCGCUUUAUUGCGGAUUUCUAUUUAAAUGAAAGCGCUUGACUGCGGCUGCACACCGGCGGAACCGGCGCCAAUGCGCGCCCGACGCGCUCCCAUUUCUAAGCCAACAACAACAACAACAACAACAGAAACAAAGUGUAAAAGAUUCUUGCGUGUUUGCAGGUCAGAGAUGGACUGAGACGCGCUGAGGGUAUAGACGUGAACAGCUCGAGCAGGUCAGUGAUCUAGAUUUUUUGGCGUGUGCGCGUUUGGAUAAAUGAUAGGAGAUACGAUGACCCUGCUGUCUCUGUUGGGCCGGAUCAUGCGCUAUUUCUUACUACGACCGGAGACGUUGUUUCUGCUGUGCCUGAGCCUGGCUUUAUGGAGCUAUUUCUUCCACACCGACGAGGUGAAGACCAUUGUGAAGUCGAGCCGCGAUGCCGUGAAGAUGGUCAAGGGCAAAGUGGCCGAGAUCAUGCAACACGACCGGUUCGGCCUGGACUUGUCCGAGGCGGAGUUCUCCAAGAGCUGGGAGCUGAAGAGCCCCGGCGCCGCUGUGUACGCCAUCCAGGGACGCCGAGAUCACAUGGAGGACCGCUUCUCCGUGCUCACCGACCCGGUCAACCGGAGCCACCCGUCUAUUUUCGGGAUUUUCGAUGGACACGGUGGAGAGGCAGCAGCAGAAUACGUGAAAACUCGUCUGCCCGAGGUCCUGAAGCAGCACUUACAGAAUUAUGAGAAAGAGAAGGAGAACAGUCUUUUAUCUUACCAAUCCAUCCUGGAGCAGCAGAUCCUCAAUGUGGACAAGGAGAUGCUGGAGAAGCUGUCUGCCACCUAUGAUGAAGCAGGAACAACAUGCCUGGUGGCGAUGUUGUCUGAUAAGGAACUGACAAUAGGUAACGUCGGUGAUUCCAGAGGAGUUUUGUGUGAUAAAGACGGUAAUGCCAUCCCCCUGUCAUAUGACCACAAACCCUACCAACUCAAAGAACGCAAGAGGAUCAAGAAAGCAGGUGGCUUCAUUAGCUUCAACGGCUCAUGGCGCGUGCAGGGAAUCCUGGCCAUGUCUCGAUCUCUGGGCGAUUACCCGCUUAAGAAGCUAAACGUCGUCAUCCCCGAACCUGACGUGGUGACCUUUGACCUGGACAAACUACAGCCCGAGUUCAUGAUCCUGGCGUCAGAUGGCCUGUGGGACGCCUUCAGUAACGAGGAGGCCGUGCGUUUCGUCCGCGAGCGCCUCGACGAGCCACAUUUCGGCGCCAAGAGCAUCGUGCUGCAGGCGUUUUACCGCGGCUGCCCAGACAACAUCACAGUCAUGGUGGUUAAAUUUAAAAAGAGUGGCUCCAAAGCGGCCGAGCAGUGAACCACGAUUAAUAUGAACUAAUAAUAUAUUCAGCAUUAUCAGUAUGAAUCUCAAUCCAAUCUAUUUGAAUAUAUUAUUGGCUCAUAUUAAUAUAUAUGUAAGGAUGCAAAAGGAAAACCAGUUCAUGACUAUUUUUGGAGCAAGAACUGUUUAUUACAAUAAUGUUCAAUUAAAGUAAACUCAUAUCAUCCCGUUAUGUCAUUUUCUUAAAUCCUUUAUUCCAGUUAGCUCACGAUGGAGGGAAACUUUAUGAGAAGCCACAGCUUGUGUAAUGGAGUAACGCAUUGAAGGUCACUUAAGCGUUAUAAUCGUUUAUUCAUGUAAAAGUGUAUUAUUCAGUAAUUACUACAGAUGAUAAAAUAGGUACAUAGAUAUGUAAGUGAAGAAUGGAAGUCCGGGGUUCGGGUAUUGUCAGGAAAAUUAUGGUGUUUCAGGAAUUAAAAAGAAAUAAAAUGCUUUCCUUUUUAGACGAAAACUAAAGCAUUCAUAGCCUCCAGUAGAAUUUGUUCUUAUGUCUGUAAUUUCUUAAGGCAAGACACCACAGGUCACGUCAGCCAAUUUUUCUUAUUUUUGUAUAAAUUGAGGGUAUAAUGUCUUCUCAUAAGCUGU